CUGAAAAAAAUACCUUGACAAAGUUGACAGAUACAGAUAAUUAAUUGACUGAUGUCUGUUUUGUACAAAUAGAAAUAAUCGUGAAUUUCUUCUUUAUAAUACUUGUAAACCUAACUAUUAACUGUUCUUGGUAGCAUAUCUCUCUAUCGGCGCAGUUUAAUCAUUUAUAGUUUCUAACCUCAAUACUUGAGGAUGGCGGAUAAACAAAAAACUUUGAUAUGUGGAGAUGUGAAUGGGAAUUUCAACGCAUUGUUUUCCCGCGUUGAGUCGAUUGUGAAGAAGUCUGGUCCAUUUGAUAUUCUACUGUGCGCUGGUAACUUCUUCGGCGAUGAUAACUCACAGUUAGACGCCUACAGAAUGGGCACCAGGAAAGUUCCAGUUACAACAUAUGUUUUCGGGCCUUCUAACAAAGAUCAUGUGCAGUACUAUUGUGAAGAGGGGGCUGAAAUUGUUGCAAAUGUCAUUUAUAUGGGUAGGAGAGGUCUUUUCACAACAAGUGCUGAUGUGAAAAUAGCAUACUUAACGGGACUGUCUCGCCGGGAGCUGGGCAAAGACAUUCCAAUGUGCACAUUUGAGCCUAGUGACUGCAGUGCAGUGAGGGACGCAUGUUUCAGAGGACAGGCUGAGUUCAGAGGUGUAGAUAUGCUCAUAACUACACUCUGGCCCAGUGGCAUACAACAGGAUGAGUUGCAGAAGGCAGAUGUUGAACAGGAAAAGCUAUCAGAUCUACUAUCAUGGCUUUCAAUACAUGUAAAACCCAGAUAUCAUUUUGUACCAUCAGAUAAAUAUUUUGAAAGACAACCUUACAGAAACCAAAGCAUGCACCAAGAUUACAAGGAGUGUGCAACAAGAUUCAUAGCUCUAGCUCCAGUGGGCAACAAAGCAAAGGAGAAAUGGAUAUAUGCAUGCUCCCUACAACCCAUUACCAAGAUGAGAAUGACAGAUCUCUUGCAGAGUACAACGGACGAGACAGAAUGCCCAUACGAUUCCAAUCUUUUGAAGCAGCAUCAACCUGGGAAAGUUGUUAAGGUGACUGACAAUGGACAAUUCUUCUUCAAUAUGGAUGCUGGACAAGAUGACGAACGCGGAAAAAGGAGACGGCAAGGAGAAGACUCUGAAAAGAAAAGAAAAAUCGAUAUUGACGAGUGCUGGUUCUGUUUGUCGUCGCCGAGCGUGGAGAAACAUCUCGUGAUAACAGUGGGCACUCACUGUUACCUGGCCUUGCCCAAGGGACCUUUAACACCCUACCAUGUGUUGAUAUUGCCCAUUGCACAUCAUCAAGCCGUUACUAAGGCGCCAGAUGAAGUAGUAAGCGAGAUAAAGAAAUUCAAAGAGGCUACAAAGAAAUUCUACGCUUCCAUGAACAAGCUCGCCGUGUUUUUUGAGAGAAACUUCCGUUCGUCCCACAUGCAAAUCCAAUGCGUGCCAGUGCCGAGGAAUUGUAGCGAUCAAUUAUUGGAAGUAUUUCAGGACGAGGCUGGUAUAAACAGCCUGCAGUUCGAGGUGCUGCCUCCGUUCACGGACCUAGCUCAGGUGACGUUCGCCGGUUCAGUGUACUUCCACGCCGAGCUGCCGUCCGGGGAACAAAUCUACGUCAAGCCUAAGAGAGGCUUCCCUUUGCAGUUUGGCAGGGACGUGUUAUCUAGUCCACCAAUACUGAACUGUGAAGACAAAGCGGACUGGCGACAGUGUCUACUAAGCAGAGAAGAGGAGAUCGCGUAUGUAGCCGACCUCAGGCAACGGUUCAAACCCUUCGACUUCACAGUGGAUGAAGCCAGCGACAGUGACUGACCGGCACCAACCAAUUAUACCAGGUAUCAAGCACUGCAUAGUAUUACUUACUGUGCUGAAUAGUGCGGCUAUUCUCUCAAAUUGCAGUAUCUGUUAACUUAGCUAAUGGAACAUUUUACCAUAUAAAGAAAGACAUUUGCGUAGUAACUCGCGUUUUUAUUACCGGAGUGAUUGGUAUUUGAUAUUAAGUGAUAUUUUCCGUGAUUAAUUUGCGUACAGUGUGAUAGAAAUGACAGUGUGAUUUACCUUUUUUUGUUUUAUAAUGCAAUCGAGUGUGGAAUGAUUGAAAUAAUAGAUUAUUUUAAAUCACAAUAACUGUAUGUUAAUAUUGUAAGUAAGUGAUCAAACUGUCAAACCUAGAUUAAUUUGUAAAUAAUUCAAAGAGGUUAUCCUUGUUAACAUUGAGGUAUUACCGUUUUAAUCUACUUAAGUCUUUAAAAGGAGAAAUAAAUGGUCAUUUCAAGUAAA